AUGUCUGCUACUCCUGGGCGUCCCAGCGACGACAAGGGGCCGAGGAUUCUCUCCAUUCUGUGGGCCUUGACGGGGUUUACGACUGUGGUUGUGGCUACGCGAAUCUACAUUCGAUGUGCCUUGCUACGGAAAGUAGGAAUUGACGACUACUUGGUUGUUCUCUCGUUGAUUCUCGGCCUAGUAUACUGCGGCAUCACCACAGCAAACGUGCAUACCGGCUACGGCAAGCAUGCGUACGUCCUCGAAGAAGACGACGUGGAACGAGCAAUGCUUCUGAACUCGCUGAGCUUCCUAUUCGGCAUCCUAUCCUUCGCGAUCCCCAAGCUGGCAGUGGCUUCACUGCUGAAUCGCGUCCUGAAUCCCGGUCUCGCGCACCGCAUAUGGAUAUGGUUUAUAACGGGUUUCGCAUUCGUCGUGUGCUGCAUAUGCAUUAUUAUGCUGUUUACCAUGUGCGAUCCGCCGGAGGCGCUGUGGCAGACGCAUCUCGUGCUGGAGGGCCAGGCGAAAUGCAAGAACGUCUGGAUUCUGAUCGAUUAUGCAGUCUUUACCGGCGCACUGUCAGCCUUUGUUGACAUGUAUCUGGCCCUCUAUCCAUCGACGGUGCUGAUGAAACUGCACAUGUCCUUGCGCAAACGACUGGCCCUCUGUGCGGCAUUGGGCCUUGGUUCUAUUGCUUCUGCAAUGGCAAUCGUCAAGUGUUUGCAGCUGCACACGCUCAAGGACCAGACGGAUUAUACAUAUGCAACGGCCGAUCUCAACAUCUGGACAAACGUUGAAUCCAACGUCGUCAUUAUCGCGUCGAGCAUCCCAACCCUCCAGCCAGUCCUCGAUUUGCUCCUCGGAAGACGCACCGCGAGUUCUUACGGUAACAGCCGCAAUCGCUACAAGGACAGCAGCGGCCGCGCAUAUGACUCGACGACAUUCAACAAGUCGAAGCAGAGCAAGUCAACGCGCAAACCCGGCAUCAUCAUCACCGAUAUCGAGAGUCAGGAGAGUAUCCUCCGGGACCAUGGGGACCUGCGCAGUGACAAUGACCUGUUGGGGGGUAUUCGUCGGACGGACAAUGUCACGGUGCAAUACGAGUUGCGGUCUACAAAUGAGACAAGGCAUGAGACGCCGCGUGAACGGACAUCAUGGUAG